AUGGCAGCAUUGACAGCCAGACUGCUCGCGUCUGUGGGUCGCACAGCCAAUGACGGCAGCAUCGAUAAGCAACCCAUGGCGUCUUUGUACUCUUUGUGCCCGCCACCGGCCGCACCCAUUGCCGUCGCCGUCGCCGUUCCAAGGUUCGCGACAGCAACAAAACCGUAUCCGGGUGGCCACGCCUCCUCCGCCCUCAACACCAUCACCAAGUCGCCACCUCCCUCUCUGCUGAGACGUGUGGAGCUGUGCCUGGCGACCAUAUUCCGACAUUCACCACUUAGAGCGACCAUCGCAGCACACCCAACCCCCGCCAGGCGCGAACGUUGCGGGCACUUGAACCCUUUGAGCGCGCAGGGAUCCUUCAUCUAUAAGACAGACGAGGAAGAUGGAUUUCACGCCUCGACUUCUCCUUGCAACACCUGCAACCCAUGCGUGACUCCUCCGACUGAGGAUGCGCCUCCAUCCAGCUACUCUUAUAAUGGACUGUACGAACAACCGUCGGUGAAGCGGAACGGACGGCUGCCACAGCUGUCCUCGCCCUUUGAGACGCCACCCACGAGCCCGCGAUCUGCAACACAUAAUCCGUAUUUCCCGAGUUUUGCCUCUUCUGGAAGUGACUUUGCCGACAGGAGAUCCAGCGGCACCUUUGAUUGUGACCCUGAUGUGUGCGAGAACUGCCAGUUUCUGAUACCAAAGGUGUAUGCCGAUAGACUACCAGCCGGCGCCCCGGGAAGCCCCUCAAAAGACGGUCGUGGAAGGAACGGUAGCCCUGUGCUUCGAUCUUCGCAAAGCUUCGCCAUCCGACGUCCUGCUGUAAGUUGCGAUGAGUUCAGCAGCUCGCCAGAUUCAUCCGACGCCUCUGAUACCGAGCAAUCCAGGUCGUACGACAGCGUGCCUAGUUCAUAUCCAGAGUCAGUGCCCUCCUCUCCUAUGUUUAUGUCGAGAGGAAUGCACACACAUACUCUCAACUACAUCUCCACCCGCCAGCCGCAGUCGCCUGCAACGUAUUCCCUGCUUCGACGCACUUGUAUCCGCACGUUGUCUUGUGAGAUUCUUCCCCUCGGAAAACCCUCCGGACCGUUGUUGUUUGGUGACCCAGUGGUCGGAUAUACCAUUGCCUAUGUCUUCCGUUUGCAAGAUCCUAGAGCACGCGGUCAGAAGAGGACGUAUGCGUUGAUUGCCAUGGCCGGUCGUGACUGCCGUCGUGCUACUCGGGCCAUGGUUAAAGUAACUGAGGUGUUCGAAGCCAUCGCGAACCGAAUCGUAGGGCUUGCUGAGAGGGUGCUCGAACGGGAAUCUGCGGCUUCCACUCAGAAUCUCUCCAGACCCCAGACUGCCAUACCAAGCACACCACCUCUCGGAACAUCAGCAUCGUCCAUGCCCGCAUUCACAUCGCCACAGAAGAAUGCCUUUUCUUCUAUGGCAAGCUCACCAACGGCCCGCAACAUUACCCCAGUCUCCUCCUUUCUGUCUGCCAAAAAGGUUGAUCCGGAUGGGUAUCCUCGUGUAUCUCGCGACGUUAUGCGAGCGAAGAGCUUGAUUGAGAUCGUGGGAAAAGAGGAUUUCUUUGUGAACCUCCAUGCCUGUUUCUGCAGUCUCCUCCAUUCUCUUAUCAAAGAGUUCGGAGCAUGA